AUGUCUCCAAUACCAUCGUCGCAUGUUACAAAAACCGCUGGUCCCUUCCUCCUGGGAUACUUCCUCAAUUAUGGACUGUAUGGUGUCCUAACAGUCCAAACGUACAUAUAUUACAACGCCUUUCCGAAUGACCGCAUCAGGAUCCAAAUCGUGGUCUACGGCUUGUAUAUCGUGGAGACGAUGCAGACUGUCAUCAUCACCUGGGACGCGUUUCAAAAUUUUGUAUUUGGGUUUGGAGAACCAGGGGUGAUUAACUUCAAGAGGAACUUGACCUGGUUGGACGUUUGUCUAGUCGACGGGCUAGUUGCGUUUGUGGUGCAAACGUUCUUUGCUCACAGAAUCUAUGUGUUGUCCAAGUCGAAACUGAUCACGGCAGCUAUUAUGCUCUUCGCACUCGCGCAACUCGGGGGUGCUUUGAAAACGACACAGGUGGCUAUCGUCAUAAACUCGAUUACAGAAUCUCAAGCCAAAAAUGCCGUCGGGGUAUCUGUAAGGUCCAUUUCCAUUCUAUUUGCGCCAGUCGAGAUCUCAUUGAAGCUUCUGAUACUAGUUUUGGCUAGGAGGAAGCGCAGCAUGCGAUAUUAUCAUAGCAGUUUCGAUGACUUACAUUGUACGUUUGCCAUCCCAAUGUUCCCGUUCCGGGUAUUCAAAGGUCCCUUCGAUCCCUUCCCUAUUCUUAUCGUGCACCGCGUCGUAGUUGUCCAGAUAUGGCACGACAAUUCAAAGCACGAGAAAUAUUCUGAAGCGUAUCAUUCGAUUGACUAUGGAGACUGGGAGUUUGACAGGCGAGUAACCUCAGCCACCGUAGCCACAGUCGACCUGAUCCUCUUCCAAGUCUUUCCCGAUUUACCUUACCACAUGGCUCCCGCUCUAAUACUGGCCAAGUUAUACUCGAAUUCGAUGAUGGUGAUACUCAAUAGUAGAGUUAAAAUUGUCGGUGGGCGAGGGCAGGAGUCGUCAAUGGCGGGAGGGGAGGGGAUAAUCACUUUGAACGGUCUGGGUUUGGACUCACUGAGUGGUCUGGGUCGACGAACGGAAACUACUUUCGAUUUGCAGACGCAUCGUUCGCAGCUCAGUGUCGGGAUCAAACGGGAGACUGAGGUUGACGCUGGUAACGAUCAAACGAGGUCCCAAAAAUCACAUGUGGACCAUCUUCCCGUAGAGGUAGAGGUUAAUCCGACUCCUGUCACAGCCCGUCACUGA